UUCGGAAUUUUUCGAGGGACGUACCGUCUGUUGUCACACCAUUAAAUGUCCGUCACGCAAAGCAGUCGUAGCUAACCAACUUUGCUGUAAAUUAAGUAUUAAUAUUGCAACUUGUGUUGUGAACACUUUUGAUGGACUGCGUGGAGCAGAAAGACACAGAAGCGACUGCGCCGUCAGUUAUCGACCGCUAUUACACACGAUGGUUCAGAGCCGAUAUGAAGGGGAAACCGUGUGAGGACCACUGCAUCCUGCAGCAUUCAAACAGACUAUGCGUUGUCACGUUAGCAGAGACUCACCCGGUUCUUCAGAAUGGACGGGCAAUCAAAAGCAUUAAUUACCAGAUCAGUAACUGCUGCAGUCGGCUGAACAAUAAAGUGUCUGGGAAGUCCAAGCGGGGCGGUCAGUUUGUUACUGAUUUUGCACCUUUGUGUAGGAUAACAUGCAUGGAUGAAACUGAAUACACAAUAUACAGCUGCAUCCGGGGCCGUCUUCUCGAGGUCAAUGAGAGUAUUUUAGAAACACCUACUCUCUUGCUGGAAAAGCCAUUCACUGAAGGCUACAUCGCUGUCAUCCUGCCAAAGUUUGAGGAGAGCAAGAGCAUAACAGAGAAUCUUCUGAGCAGAGAGGAGUUCGAGAGUGUCGUCUCCAAACGUAGUGUUGCCCAAUCUCAACCAUCAUGACGAGAGCUCCCGGUUUAUGCCAGAAGUCAAAACUGUUCUGCCACUCCCCCCAGGUUGGGUGAAGACUGAGGACGUAAUCCUGGAAAGUAACACUUAACGUGUGGUCACUUUAAAGGGACUAUUGCAUAUAAUGCAAGCUGUGCACUGUGACUAUGAUUAUACAUCGUUUUUCAUUGUUUCAAAAAAUUGAUGAGUUUAAAGAAGCACUCUGUUCGAGUUCUUUUUUUUUUCUAAUUUGAAAAAGGAGAAAAUAGGGGAAAGCAUGCCAAAUUACUUGUUUAUACCCCCAACUAAUAUUCAGUUUGUAUUAUUUUUCUAGAAUGUCAAUAAACAAUCAACAGUGGUUUAAGAAAAA